AUGGCUGAAAAGCGCGACAUCGAUGCCGCCCAGAUUAGCAUGAGCGAUGAAAAACAGGAGAUCACCGCCAUGGAUCUCUUGACCGACCACGAGCGCGAGCUUCUCGAGCUCGAGGCCCGUCUCAACGCCGAGCUGGACGCCAAGCUGAUGGCCAACCCCAACAAGAUGCCCAAGGCCUGUUACUUCAUCUUGCCUAACGAGUUUGGUGAGCGUUUCUGUUACUAUGGUGUCCAGCCCAACUUGAACAAGUACUUCCAGCUCAUCACUGGAAUGUCCAAAUCCGACGCCAAAGUCUACUCGACUGCUUUCACCAUGUUGGCCUACUUCUUCCCCUUGAUCGGCGCCGCCCUUUCUGACUCCUUCCUCGGAAAAUGGUGGACCAUCAUCUCCUUCUCGACUGUCUACUUGAUCGGUAUGAUCAUGGUCACCGUUUUCGCCAUCCCCAACUUGAUCGGACCCAUCGGCCAGGUCUCUAACUUCUUGACCUUCCUCCCCAUGCUCGUCAUUGCCAUCGGUACUGGUGGUAUCAAGCCCUGCGUUUCCUCCCACGGUGGUGAUCAGUACCUUCCCUCCCAGGAAGCCGGAAAGGAUUUCUUCUUCAACAUCUUCUACGUCUCUAUCAACGUCGGUGCCCUCUUGACCCAGUUCAUUGUCCCCAAGUUGACCGAGCUUCAUUGCUAUGGCCAAGAUACCUGCUACGCUGGUGCCUUCCUCCUCCCUACCAUUGUGUUUGCUCUUGCCUUUGCCAUCUUUAUUGCCGGUCACAAGUUUUACCGUAUCGUCCCCCCACUGGGCGAGUUCUUGCCACUCAAGGCCAUCAGGGCUUCCAUCCUCGCCGCUCGUCGUCACAGCGUUGCUUCCCCUGCUGAGCGCGCUGCUAAGGGUCACUGGCUCAACUUUGCUGAGGAGGAGUACGGUGGUGUCUUCCUUGAGGAGGUCCGCGAUUUCGGUCUUGUCCUCGUCCCCGUUGUCAUUCCCUUCGCCUUCUGCUGGAUGUUGUACAACCAGAACUCGAACGAGUGGGCCAACCAGUACUACCUCAUGUCCGGCGCCAUCUUUGGCGGCAAGGACGAGACAUCCUCGUACGUCCAAGGAGCCAUGUUCGGCAACAUCAACACCAUCCUCAUCAUCAUCCUUGUCCCCUUCCUGGCCACCUUUGUCUACCCCUUCUGCACUAAGCGCGGGUGGAACUUUUCCCCCCAGCGUCGUAUGGCCGCUGGUUUCCUCCUGAUCGUCAUCUCCUUCGCCGUCUCUGCCGGUCUCGCCCCCAUGAUUGAAAAGGCUUACCUCGACUCUGGCCGUCUCAUGGCGGACUCUGCCAAGUAUGACGGCAAGUACUGUGAGAAGUGCUAUUCUGCCUGGUUGCAGUUCCCCCAAUGGUUCCUCCUCUCUCUCGGUGAGGCCCUCUGCUCCCCCACCGGUGUCCAGUUCACCUACAUCGAGGCUGGUCGCCAGUUCCGCGCUGUCUCGACUUCCUUCUGGUUGCUGUCGACCUCGUUCGGUUCGAUCUUGAUCAUGAUCUUUGAGCCCAUCUUCGAGGAUGCUGGUUUCAGCAGCGCCACCCGCGGCUGGGCUUACUCUGGCAUUGGUCUCUUUGGUUUCUUCUUGUACUGCUUGACGUCGUACUACUACAUCCCUCGCAAGAUCCGUCCUUCGAUCAACGAGUCUGCUCGCUUGGCCAAGCAGGCCGAGUAUGCUAUUACUCAUUACUAA